AUGAGAAGUGCAUACCGGUGGGAAGAAAAUGCUAGUUCGGAGCCAAUAGAUGCCAUAGCCAUGCAAGAAUUGGACUCUAAUCCACAGACGCAUUGGAGGCGUUUUUGGUUCACCUAUGCGCGAAAUUUUUUAUUCAUAUGGGGCAUUCGACCUUUGAUGAUGUAUUUGAGGGAUUUCGUAGCAUACGCGAAUGGAGGCAGAGAUGAAAUCUUUUACAAGGCCAUCCAUGCUAUACACUUACGGGAGGGCCUGAAAGAUGUUACUGAGAAAGAUGUGAGCUGGAAAGAUACACUUAGAAGUCGAGUGAUUAGCGAUAGUACUGAGAUAAUAACUUCAGAAAUUUUAUUGAGUAAUUCGCACGAUGGAAAGUGGAAAGAAUCAGAUGAGAAUUUAAAAAAAGUUGCGAAAGUAAUUCUCGAUGCAUUAAAUGAGGUAAUAGUAAUCGUGCUUAGAGCUUCGCUAAAAAACCUUCCAAUUGGAAAGACUGGUUUUAUUACUAUUGCGGAUCGAGAAAGCUUAGCUAACAAGAACAGAUAUAUGUUUAUGUUUAAGCAUAAGAAAAAGAAGUAUGAGUUGAUGUAUGGUGAAUGUUCUCGAUUGGUCUGUGACAAACAAAAAGAGGUGAUGGACAGAACGAAGUUGUGGAGAGAGAUUAAAGACGGGAUGUUUUUGGUCCUCAUAAGAGAUGAGGAUGAGAUACAUCGCCUUUACGAACUGCGAUUUCCCACUAUUCCAGUGAAACCUUCAAAUAGUGAUAUAGUGUUUGACUUUGUAGAAACACUUUUAAUAUUACGG